GUUCCUUUUCCUUGUUUUGUUCAAUCACCGAAGUUCGCGUCUUUUUCUUUCCUUUUUUUUUCCCUUCUCACUGUGCCUCUUUCUCCAGUGCCUGAUCGACCAUUGCUAUCCAGCUUUUUUUUUUUGGCCCCCUAUUUUCCUCCUCAUUUCUGAUCCUUGAAUCCCUUGAUGGCUAUUGUCCUUGUAAAGUUGGGCGGAGCGGCCAUUACUGAAAAAAGAGGCGUUUGUCAACUGAAUCCUGCACUUGACAUUCUUCUAACUCAAGUCCAUACUGCCUAUACCAAGCUGUCAGGACAACAUCACCUCGUUCUCAUCCAUGGCGCAGGCAGUUUUGGUCAUCCCCAAGCUAAACAAUAUAAGCUCAAAGAAGGAUGGGUAUCACCACCCUCGAGUGAGAAAAUAAUCGGGUUUAGCCAUAUCCGUCAAACCUUAAUGGAUUUGCAUCUCACGCUUCUCAAACGACUCCAUGCGUUGGGUGUACCUGUGGUGGGUCUUUCGCCUUUUGACUAUAUCGAAACCGAGAAUGGCAACGACACGCCUACUGAUACUUUCAAGACAAUGAGUGACAGAGUGCAUCGCUAUUUGCAAGCUGGAUUCGUGCCAUUGCUCCAUGGAGAUGCUGUCUUUGAUCGUGUCUUGGGUUGUACCAUUCUGUCGGGCGAUGUCAUUAUGCAACAACUGGGCGUCCUGCUCCCCAACGUGAUACGAUGUAUUUUCAUUACGGAUGUGCAAGGCAUAUACGACACAGAUCCUAAACUAUGCAAAGAAGCAAAGCUGAUUCGCCAUAUCAGGGUAAGUCCCACAGACGCGUGUGAAGAUCAGCUGGUGGUCGCUGUCGAUGGCACAGUGGCCGAUGUCACUGGAGGGAUUCAUGGCAAAGUGAUGUGGGCGAAACGUAUCGUAUUGACAUCCAAGCAAUGUGAUGUACCAAAAGAUGUGAUUAUUUGUAAACUAGGAUCCAAAGAGGCCAUGCUUGCCAUGCUUUUGGAACCCAUCUUUUCUUCAAACGACCAGCCUUUAGAUCAAAAUAUGACCAUCUUUACACUUGACGAGUCCAAAUAGAAAUCAACAUAGACACUCAACCUCUGGAACCAAUUUUUACC